ACAUUACUGACGCAACAGCAUUCCACUUCAUUAAGUUGGUAGUUACAGCACUGGUGCGCGAUCUCUUUAUCAUCCGGUCUCAGUCAAGUUCAGACUAGUUCUUCAACGUUCGGAGCAGUGCUAUCAAAAUGGUUACCGCCAAGAAGCAGAAAAAGGCCUUGGAGAGCAUCAACGCUCGUCUGGCUCUGGUUAUGAAGUCCGGCAAAUACUGCCUCGGAUACAAGCAAACCUUGAAGACUCUGCGUCAGGGCAAGGCCAAGCUUAUCAUCAUUGCUAACAACACUCCACACCUCAGGAAGUCCGAGAUUGAAUAUUACGCUAUGCUUGCCAAAACUGGCGUUCACCAUUAUAACGGAAACAACAUUGAGUUGGGAACUGCCUGUGGAAAGUACUUCCGCGUGUGUACCCUGUCGAUCACCGACGCCGGAGACUCCGAUAUUAUCCGCUCCCUGCCGGAAGCCCAGGCCGCUGGACAGCAGUAGAUUGCCGUAUUCCCUUUUGAGCCGUAUUUGUUGAUAUUCAACGAAUAUUCUGUACAUUCAAUGAAACCAAUAAAUUUAUGCGUAUUGUGAGUUGUUCACUGAAUCGCUAUUGAAA